AUGACACCUAAACCGAGGUUCCUUGUCAUGGACAAGGACGACACCAUUUGGUACCAGCUGGACGAGUCGACUGAUGAAUGGCUCAAGACCGUCCGCAAGGAAGACACUUGUCGUGCCAUUGGCAACCUUAUUCUGAAACAUCGGCCGGGAGAAGCAGAAGUACUGCAUGCGGUAAUAAAAGGUGGCUAUAAUGUCAUCUACAGACUCGAGUAUACCGAUGGCUCAUCCAUCAUAUUGAGGAUGCCAAUCAAGGGUAUCGUGCCAUUUCCGGACGAAAAAGUUCGCUAUGAAGUGGCUACCAUGCGAUAUGUUGCUGCUCAUACAACUAUUCCAGUUCCGCAUGUCCAUCAUUACGCGGCUGCGGCCGAAAACCCUACUGGACUUGGCCCGUAUAUCAUCAUGGACUAUAUCGAGCAUCAUCAGAGUAUGUCAAGGGCUCUUCUUGACCCGGAACGCAAAAUUGAUGAGCGCCCGUUUCUAAAUCCUGAAAUCAGCGAGGACAAGCUUGAGCAUCUAUACGCCCAGAUGGCCCAUAUUAUGCUACAGCUUUCCAAGCUAAAAUUUCCUCGUAUUGGCUCUUUGGUUGAGGACGACGAUGCCACUGAUUCUAUCAGCGUAAAAGCGCGUCCCCUAACCUCGAAUAUGUGCGACAUUGUCGUGCAUACUAAUGUACCAUCAAUUAUACUGCCAUCUCAAACCUACACUUCUGCGGCUGAGUGGUACCGUGCUCUCGCAGACAUGCACCUGGCUCAGUUGGCAUUUCAACAUAACGACGCUGUGGACGACGAGGACGAUGCUCGCGACAAAUAUGUCGCUCGUCAGCUCUUUCGCAACAUUUCUGCCCAAGGACGGCUAUUUCAAGACCAAGAGGAGUGUGACCAAGAUUUCCGAUUAUUCUCCGAGGACUUUCGGCCAACGAAUGUUCUUCUAGAUAAGGACCAACAGGUCGUCGGUGUAAUAGACUGGGAGUUUGCGUACGCGGCUCCAGCAUCAUUCAGCUUUGACCCUCCGUGGUGGUUGCUCCUGGAAGAACCCGAAUACUGGCCUGGUGGCUAUCGUGCUUGGAUGGAGGCGUACGAGCCUCGUCUUCAGACUUUUCUACGGGUAUUGGAAGCUGAAGAGAAGAAAUAUGAUUGCGUACCUCCUGCUGAACGCCUAAACGGAACGUCGGUGACUGAUGAGAGAGCGGAAAUACCGCUUUCUCAGCGUAUGCGUGGUAGCUGGGAGAAACAGAUGUGGAUGAUUAACUACGCAGCAAGAAAGAGCUGGGCAUUUGAUUGUGUCUGGUGGAAGUUCCUGGACGAGAGAUACUUCGGGGCAAACGAGAAUCAGGACCAUUUGCCUCGGUUGGAGGUGCUUUCUAAGCCCCAACAGGAGGUAAUGGAACGAUUUGUAUUACGUAAAAUGGAGGAGUGUGCAAGAGGUGGCAUCACAACAUGGACUGAUGAAGACGCGGCGGAGUAUCGUGCUGGGUUGGCCAUCUGA